AUGGCGUCUGGGUCCGGACACGGACAGCGUCUGAGACAGCUGGACCUGAGUCGCAAUAAUCUGCUGGGAGAUUCAGGAGUGGGGCUGCUUUCUACUGGUCUGGAGCAUCCAAACUGCAGACUGGAGAAACUGGAGCUGAUGGGUUGUAACCUCACAGAGAAGAGCUGUGCAGCUUUAUCUUCAGCUCUCAGCUCAAACUCUUCCAGUCUGAGACAGCUGGACCUGAGAGACAAUAAUCUGGGAGAUUCAGGAGUGGAUCUGCUUUCUACUGGUCUGGAGCAUCCAAACUGUAGACUGGAGAAACUACAGCUGCAGUACUGUAACCUUACAGUGAAGAGCUGCUCAUCUUUAGCUUUAGCUCUGAGAUCAAACCCCUCCAGUCUGAGAGUGCUGGACCUGAAAUUAAACAAACUGCAGCAGUCUGAUGUGAAGCUUCUUUCUGCUCUACAGAAAGACCCUAAAUAUAAGCUGACUGAACUACAGUAUCGGUAACUGGACAGCCAUCAAUCAUCCAUCAGUCUGACUGGAGCAGAGCUGCUGCAGAUGUUGCAGUUUCCAGACACUCAGUACCAGAUGAUCAUCCAGCUGCCCCACGGAUGAGCAUUGUAUGUCUACCUGUCCACUGCUACACUUUAUAGGGUUAUUUAGUUUUCUAGUGAUACAUAAUCACCGUCUCUAAACUGAUUUAACUACUUAUGAUGCCACGUUUCCUAGGUGCGACCUAAUAGCGGGCGCAAUGGACUUUUGUGUCCUAUAACUAUUGUUGUUAUUAUUUUGAAGGCCUGACUUUGUUCUAAUUAUAGUUGGUACCAUUUUACCACUUUGUAUAAUGUGUAUUUCUUUGACACAUGAUUUCACCCCUGUGCUGUGGGCCUGUGGUGAUAUGGUUGUAUGGUGGUAUGAGUUCAGCUACCUGAUGAAAGGGUGGACGUAGUAGUAGUUGGGAGGCUUCUUUGGUGAGAGUUUGUUUGGUGAGCUGAGUCUAUGCUCUUCUCUAUCAUCUAAAGAAGUGUGAGGUUGAUGUCUUUGUCUAUAUUUAGUGACAUUUGUUUUAAGCUGUAAUACUGUUCAUAUACAGCUGUUUGUAAAUCUCUUUGUUUAUUUUUUCAUCUUUCUUGUAUGAUGCACUUGGUGGAGGACAAAUACAUUUGCAACCCACAGAGUUUUUGUCUCCCUGCUGCCUUUUGUGCCUACCCUAAAAGACCCUUGACACAGUUACCCUUUGACAUUUGGUGGCAGCGGUGGGAUGGGAGAAGUAGGGUUGGUGGAUGCGUGAGGAACGCCUGUGUGUGUAAAGCUUAAGGGUGCGCUUCCCGGUGGGGAAGGCAGUGUGACGAUGGUCCGUCACUACACAUGAUACCAGGUCCAAGUCUGGCACACAUUACGCAUAAUGAAAUGUGUGUUUUUAUUCUGUUUGGUGAUAUAUUCGGUUUGCAAACGUUUUAUUACUGAACAGAAAUUGAGGAAUGGCAAGAUCAGCUUGGUGGAAGUGAUAUGGCAGGCAAAAAUGCCGGUUUCCAUAUAAAAAAAAAAACAUGAAAACAUACCAAGAAACAAACGAAUAUGGACACUUUUGAUAUAAAUGUAAUAGCUUUUUUUUCUCUGUAAUAUGAACUUCAUAAAUUGAGAUUGUAUUCAUUUUUUGCUUGUUUUUUUGUCAUCUGGGGACUACCAAUUUGAAGACAGUAAACAUUUAGUUGUUUUAUUUUUAACCCAAA